AUGACUGAGAAGAUAGCAGAGACUGGCGACGCGGAGGUUCUUCAUGGAAGUGAUACCUCGGCUGCCAACAAAGACGACUACAGUGAUGCAAUUGACCCCGUCCUUGAGAAAAAGAUCCUCAGAAAGACUGAUUGGCACCUGAUUCCUAUUCUCUUCUUGCUACAACUUUGCAGUUUUAUUGAUCGUAUCAAUAUCGGCAAUGCUCGGAUUCAGGGACUUGAGGCCGAUCUCCACAUGACUGGCAACGACUUUAAUAUUGCACUAUUUCUCUUCUUCAUUCCAUAUAUUCUGCUCGAGGUUCCUAGUAACCUCCUGCUGAAGCAUUGUCGACCCUCACUUUAUAUUUCGGCAAUGAUAUUCAUCUGGGGUGUCUUGACCGUGUGUCACGGCCUGACAAAGUCCUUUGGGGGGCUAAUUGCCUGUCGCGUCUUGAUGGGUGUCUUCGAGUCUGGCUUCUUCCCUGCGUGUGUUUACUUGAUGUCGAUGUACUACAAACGCCACGAGAUUCAGUCACGAUUCACCAUUUAUUUCAGCUCUGGGAUCGUGGCUGGGGCCACCAGUGGGCUUCUAGCUUAUGCAAUCUCCCAUAUGGAAGGCGUUGGAGGCUAUGCUUCCUGGCGAUGGAUCUUUAUUCUCGAGGGAUUAGCUACCGUUGUCAUUGCUGUGGCAUCUUUCUGGAUUGUUCCGGAUUGGCCUGAAACCGCCAAGUUCCUGGCACCACAUGAAAGAGAAAUCAUCAUAAGACGAGUCGCAGAAGAUCGGGCCGGAGCGACCAUGAAUCAUUGGAACAAGCAGACCGCGAAACGGAUCUUCAGUGAUGUCAAGAUAUACCUUGGCGUCAUCAUGUACAUUGGGAUCACGACGACAACUUACUCUGGUUCCUUAUUCAUCCCUACGAUCUUGCGACAGCUCGGCUGGACUGCGGUCAAGGCACAAGUGAUGUCAAUUCCAAUCUACGCAGUGGCUCUUGUUUCCACUUUAACAUGCGCCUUUAUAAGUGACACGAUCAAACAUCGAUAUGGUUUCAUACUCGGUGGGAGCCUCGUUGCAACAAUUGGCUACGUCGUCCUUCUGAACAUGCUUUCGGUGACGGUUGGAGUAAGAUAUUUUGCCAUCUUUCUCUUCCUGACUGGAGGGUUUAUUGUCCACCCAAUGAUCAUCAUCUGGCUCAGCAACAAUGUGUCGGGCCAUUAUAAAAGCGGAGUCAGCUCAGCAAUGCAGCUGGGUUUCGGUAAUAUCUCAGGUAUCAUCGCCUCGAACAUCUACAUCUCAAACCAAGCACCUACUUUCAAGUUGGGGUUUGGGCUUGGUCUGGGUCUGGUCUGGGUCAAUGUUUUCGCUGCAACUGCCCUUUUGUUUGUCCUUGUUCGGGAGAACAGAUUGAGGAACGCCGGCAAAAGAGACGACAGAUAUAAUCUACCAGAGGAGGAGCUGAAGAACCUGGGAGAUGACCAUCCCUCAUUUCGCUUCACUUACUGA